CACAGCCUCACCCUCAGAAAGAUGUCUGGACUUGCAAUGUAGUUUAAGAGCCCUAUAUAAGAGCAUCUUCUGGCAAUAUGUAAGAUAAGGACUGCUGUGUUGCUUUCGUGGUGUUGAAGACUACCGAUUUACAGAAAUAAUGAGUGAACCUAAACCCCAGAAAAGAGGUGAGGUGAGAAUCAAGCCCUUACUGAAUGGGAGCGAGCAGGAGUUUAUAGCCAGCAGGAGAAACAUUGUUUUCCAAACCCUGAAGAAGCUUCAAAUUCAAUGCAGUCAGGAUGAGGUGCCAAACAUUGCAUUACUGGGUUCUGGAGGAGGACAAAGAGCCAUGGUGGGUUUGCUGGGAUCCCUGGUUGAGCUUGAUAAAGCAGGUCUUCUGGACUGCAUCCUUUAUCUGAGCGGAGUCUCUGGAUCCACCUGGUGCAUGGCCUCCUUAUACCAAGAACCAGACUGGUCCACCAAACUAGACACCGUGAAAAACAAAAUCAUCGAGAGACUCAGUGGUCCAGGAGUCAGCUUGACAGACAAAUUGGAGAAACUGAAGAAAUAUUACUAUGGGAAAACAUUCUUUAGCUUGACUGAUGUCUGGGCAGUGUUGUUCGUCACACCAUAUGUGAAAGAGAUCGACGAACAGACAAUCACAGAGCAGCGGAAACAUCACAAGAAAGACCCAUUUCCCAUCUACACAGUGAUUGACAAGCAAUGCAAACAGAGUAAAACUGGAGACCCCUGGUUUGAGAUCAAUCCAUAUGAAGCAGGUUAUUCCCUCACUGGAGCGUUUGUGGACACCUGCCACUUUGGCAGCCAGUUUCACGAAGGCUCAAAGAAAAACGAUGAGGGUGAAUUGGACAUGCUGUACCUGCAAGCUCUUUGUGGCAGCGCUUUAGCAGAUGAAAAGGACAUUAUGAAAAGUAUCUGGGAAAGGAUAAAAGGUAUCUUUCAAGAAAGAGAAACAGUAUUUGAGGCCAUGAGGGAAGGACGGCCUGCAGGGGGACAUGAAGAGAUGAAUGUAGUGGAAGAAAGCUUCGAACCUGCUGGGAUUGCUUCACAUCAUGAUCCAACCUCCCUACCUGUAGACAAAUCUUACCAGGUGCUCAUGGAUCUUGUGGACAUGAAUAUCUGUGCUUUGAAUGGCAAAGAUACUUCUGGUCUUGACCAAUCCAUCAGAGCAAAUUUGAACGACCUCUCUAAAGGCAAAACAGAGAAGUUUUCAAUUAAAAAAAUGGAAACUUUGGAUAAAAGACCAAAAAAACAGGACAUGAAUAGUUAUACCAUAAAUGUGUGCAACAAUUUGAGUGAUCGGAUCAAUUUUUGGCCAUUUGAUGCGUGGGCUAGCAUUUGUAAAUGCAUGGCUCAGUGGAUCUGGGGCAGGAAAUAUAACUUCCUCCACAACAUGACAGAUGGAGCAGUCCCCCCUGCUCUUCUGCAAAAUGAGACGAGAGACUAUGAAGACGCCGGACUGUUGAACAACUCACCCUACUUCUCAGUGCUGAGAAAAGACAGAGACAUUGACCUCAUAAUUUCCCUGGAUUUCAGUCAAGGCGAUCCUUUCACGACAGUGGAGAGAGCUGCUAAUACAUGCAGGGAACUAAAGAUCCCUUUCCCUGAAGUCAAAGUUUCCGAUGAAGAUAAGAACAAACCAAAGGACUUCUAUGUGUUUAGAGGCAAAAAUGCUCCAACUGUGAUUCACAUCCCUCUGUUUAAUGUGGUCAACUGUGGAGAUAAACUUAAUCAAUGGCGGGAUGACUAUCGCACUUUUCAAGCUUCUUACAGCGCUGAGAUGAUCACUAAUCUUAUGGAAGUCGCUGGAAAAAACAUUACAAACAACAAAAACAAACUGCUGGAGGAGAUUAGGAUGGUUGUUGGAAGGAACCAGACGUUUUAUGAUCAACCCCAAUGACAAAUGAGAAUCUGAAUACAGAAUAAACUGAUCUGCAUAUCAGUCAUUUCACACUAAAUACUAUUCAUUUUUUUUUUCUCAAUCAUUAAUUUCAGCAGCAUUAUUAAGCUACCUUUUCUGCUAAAUGUGAUCUGUGUGGCAGUAUAAAAGGAUCAAAGGUUAGUCAUGUUUGCAUGUUAUUUAUUAUUUUCAAAAUGUUUCUGAAUGCUUCUUCAUGCUUAAAUUUCAUUAAGCAAUAAAGAGCUCACGUCAACCAUAACACAAGCCGAAUUACAUCUAUGACUGCCAGUCAAAAAUAAACUAUUAUUUUGCUUCUGUUCUAUUGAA